CACGGUGAGCAAACCGUAAAAUACCGGUCUUCUAUUUUCCCCAUAUUUCGUUACAAAAUCCAUAUUCUUCAAAAAAAACUCAGGGAAGAAGAAUGAAAGUGAUAAAAAAUGGGGGGAAAUGCCGCUAUGUUGUGGUGUCUCCACGUACGGCAUCUAUAUCUGGGAGAGGAGCGAUACCAGCAGCAGAACUAUAUCGUAGUGUGACGACCAUCUGGGCUCUACCAGAAGAACUCGUGCUUCAUCUACUCCGUAGUCUUCAUAUAAAAGAUUUGCUCAAUAUGAGAAGUGUUCACCCUGCGUUUCGAGAUCUCAUUGAUUGCAGUCCGAUAGUUUGGCAAAUGAGUUGCUUCAAGGACACGUGGCCAACCUUGCCGAACAUCCUACAUUUUGAAAAGGCAGCUAAACAGGGCAAUAUUCAGGCAUUGCUCAAACUUGGGAUUGCUUAUCUUUACAAUGAAGGAUUACCCAGUGAUCAGGAGGGGAAAAAGAUCACAAGUAACGGAGAAACUGCGGCAGCAAUGUUUUGUCAAGCAGAAACGUUAACACCAUCCACAGCGCCAUUCACUUGGUUAUUUAUUCGUCCACCUUGGUCCAAUACGGGCGCUUGCUGCAAGGAAUGCGUCUUCAAAAAUAUGUUGCAGUAUGUCAAAGCGACAAAUGAUGUGUCUGUUAAUUUAUGCGUUGCUCACAUUCUGAAGCUGUUUGAUGACUGUGAUAGUGGGCAGAGGAGGCUGAAAUAUCUGUCGCAAGCAGCCAACCAAGGCUCAGCCAUAGCCAUGUAUGACCUGUGGAAAAGUAAACAGCCACUCGAGGAAAACAAUAAGUGCCAUGAUAAAGCAGUUGAACUUCAGAGCAUCAGAGAGCUACGAGACGUGGGCAGUCUUGGGGAAAUCGAAUCACAACUGCGACUGUGCCAGGCGUACGUUCGCGGGCAGUUUGGUGGAAUCUCAAGCAGUCAGGCAGCAAGCUUUGUCAGGGAGUUUGUGCAAUCUUCAAAACCAACGAAUAUCCAGGACAUUUACAACUGGAACCGUGAUCUCACAAAUACCAUGAGAUACAUCCUUGUGGACUGGCUUGUUGAGGUGGCCGGGAUGAAGGAGUUCUCUACGCAUACUCUCCAUAUAGCAAUAAGUGUCGUGGACCGCUUUCUCAGGAAUCACAAAAUGAUCAGGUCAAAGUUACAGCUACUUGGUGUCUCAGCAAUGGUCCUUUGCUCAAGGUUUCUGGGUCGAGAUAUAAUCACAAUCCGAGAGGCAGCAUGGUUGACAGACAAUACCUAUAAAUACGAGGAUGUGGUCCGAAUGAUGGGUGAAAUCAUAUCGACUCUUCGUGGAAAGAUUAGGGUGGUGACUAGCCUUGAUCACCUCUACAUAUUCGAAACUCUUGCCAGCUUAGACUUACGAAGCAAAUACUUAUCAGAAUAUGUGUGCGAGCUAGCUUUACUGCAGUCAGAACUGGGUGCUUAUAGACAGUCUGAGGUAGCAGCAUGUUCUCUUCUCCUGUCGAAUCUCGCUCUCAAAAAGGAGUCUCCCUGGCCUGCUCACAUGCAAGAGUUCACGGGAUUCACUCUAGAAGACUUGACAAAAUGUACUCUACAUAUCCACGAGAAAUGUUUCCUUGAGGGUACCAUGACAGACCAUAGAGAAGUGGAGCUGCAGGCGGUCAAGCAAAGAUACUCCGAUGAAGCCUUCUAUGAAGUGUCAACAAUAAAGAUGGUCAGUUCUGAUGACCUGUGCAGUCUCCUUGGUGUGAGUGAGCACUCCUUCAAUGGCUUGGAGCUCAAGAUCAGAUACAAGAAACACGAGGGUCUCAUCAUGUCUCCGUCCAGGAACAAAGGCAAAUGUGCAAAUCAGCCUGCCAACUUGAGUGCCGAUCGUGAGAAAUCCGCUACGCCUGUGAUGGACGCUAAUACUGAACUGUUCAAUGACUCUGGCCUCUCAGGAUAUUACGCCGACAAGGAAGAUGAAGGAGAAUCAUUCAUGGAAUGCAGUGAAUCGGAUGAAAGCAUUGAUCUAGCCAGCCUCUGGAGCGAGGAUAAGAACAUUCCCAUGCCGUCCCCACCAAACUUUGUCAGCCUGUCUCACUUCCAACCGUCGGGAAACAACUUCACCCGCAUUAAGUCGUGCGCAUCGAUGGAAGCACUGUCAACACCGUCGACAACCACUGCGUCAUCUUCCUUCUUCUCUCCUAUGCCCUCGGCAACGUUAUCGAGACUUUCUGGCCCGCCUGUUAUCAAUAUUCAUCGCCGCACGAGCAGGUCACGUUUGCUUACUCCGUCCUCGGCCAUCUCGACACCUAUGGAGACUGAGGGGAAUCGAGGUGUGAUGGGCAGUCGCUCCGAUGGCAAUAUCCUCUGCGAGGGUUCCAGCAGCCUACCCAGCAAGACGUCUAUGGGUUUGAGUGGUACAACCCUAUUCCCCAGCAGGUCCGACUCAAGUGUACUUAGUGAUAGACCACGGGUCCUCCACGAUCAUUCUGGAAGGCAUAAUAUACCUAGUUGCAUGAUAGACAAUGAUAGUAGUAGGUUUACUUCAAAGUUUAGCGUUGGAGAUGUCAGGCCUGCGAGGUCAGCUUUAAGGAACGUUGCCAAUACUAACACAGCUGGAAAAUCAACAAUGUUGACCGGGACACCAGCAAUUAAAAGAAAAAGCUCUGCUCAGCUUGGGAAGGAUAUGAAAACUCACACACGACACUAAAGUGAGUGAAAAAUCUGUUGGCUAAUUUUGUGGACAUCUUGCCAUUUGCUGUUUCGUACAUAGUAUUGCAUGCCAGAACUGUAUUGGCUGCUGCCCAUACCCACGCAUCUCCAAAAAUCGGUUUUUCGUGCAGAAAAUGUGUUUUUGAUGAUAUUGUCUGUAACAGUGCAGUAGGUGUUACUUUUGACAAUUGCCAUUGGUGUAUUUAUUUUAUGUUGACAAAUUAUGAGAAUCUAUGGUAAGGACUAAGAAAUAUUGUUGAUUUAAUAAUCAUAACAUUGAUUGAGAUUGAAAUUGAAAUAGAGAAUGAAAUGUAUGUGGUUGCUUUCUUACUCCUGCCUGUUAAUCAUGAAAGCCCUUAAUUCAUGAAUAUGAAGUAUUGAAUAAUGUUGAACUGAAAUUGUGUGACCCAGUUUUGUGACAUAUUGAUUCUGCUGCAAUACCACCUAUUUUGAAAGGAUUUUCUAAAUAUUUACAUAAUGAAGUUGCAUUCUGUGUUUAUCAUCACUCAUACUUUGGGAAUUGAUAAUGCCUUUUAAUACAUGUACAUGUUUGUUUUGUUAAAUCUGAAUCUUGAUGUACUUUUUGAUAAUCAUACAUGUAAGGCCAAGUAAAAUUAAAAACCUUUUUCUUGACCCCAAUGACAACUCCACCAGACCAGUUUUUUAAAGGAUUUUUUGAAUGUAUUUUACAUGCAUCUACAUGUAGCUGGCAUCUGCUAUGUAUUUCGGUCAGAAAGACUUAAUGAUGAGCAGUCAAACGAAGUUACCUCUCUGUUUGUCUUUGAAGUGCAUUUGAGGGAAACAAUUGGAAAACAGUGAAUUAUUGAAGAAAUUCAUAGAAAUCUAAUAAUGAUACUUGCCUUGAUAUUUGGGAAUGAGUUGUACAUUUGUUGAUAAAUGAGUUUGUAGCAUGUGUUAUAUUCAUUUUUUGAGCGAAGCCUUUGCAAUUUUUUGUGAAAUCUGUUUAAAUUUUAUCAUUUUGUAAAUAGGCCUAUAUGUUUCAUAAGAUAUGUAUGAAUCUUUCGAUCGGUUGAUAUAAAUUUCUGAAGUCCUAGGUGUGUAUACUGUAUUUGUCUUCAAAGGAUUUAAGAUAUUCAAUUCUUUAUCUAUGUUGGAUGAGGGAGGGUUAAUCUAAGCAUCAAUUUAGUUUUCAAUGACAAACAAGGUGAACUUGCAGAAUCUUCAUGUUGUCCUGGCGUCAUAUGACCAUGGUCCUAUAUGAGGCAAAGGCCCAGUUUCUGGGCCACAAUGCCUAGAUGAUGAUGAUGAUGAUGAUGUAACGUCAGACAAGCCUGUGGGAGCUCUGGCUGGAGACCUGAAGUGGGGAUAAGUUUGUUCAUACAACAUGCAUUUGCAACAAUGUAGCACAUUUUUGCUUAAAAUCAAAAGUAAACAGAACAGUAUUAUUA